GCUCGCCGAUUGGCUGUGCUCCCGGAGGGUGGGGCCUGGGCUCAGAGAGAGGGAAUUAGGGUGAGCAGGGUGAGUGGGAGUUGCUGCCGCCGCCUCCGCCUCCACCGCCGCUUCGGUAGCCGCCUUCGCUGCGCGGGAGCCCUCAGCAAGCGUUUAUUGAGGGCGUAUUAUGUGCUGACACUGUGCCCGACGCUGGGAAUGCAAAGCUCCGUCGGGGCCAUGUCCGAGCGGGAAGAGCGGCGGUUUGUGGAGAUCCCUCGGGAGUCCGUCCGGCUCAUGGCAGAGAGCACCGGCCUGGAGCUGAGCGAUGAGGUGGCGGCCCUGCUCGCGGAGGAUGUGUGCUACCGGCUCAGAGAGGCCACUCAGAAUAGCUCUCAAUUCAUGAAACACACCAAACGGCGGAAGCUGACCGUCGAGGAUUUCAACAGGGCUCUCCGAUGGAGCAGCGUGGAGGCUGUGUGUGGUUAUGGAUCCCAGGAGGCGCUUCCCCUGCGCCCUGCCAGAGAGGGUGAGCUUUACUUUCCUGAGGACCGAGAGGUGAACCUGGUGGAGCUGGCCCUGGCCACCAACAUCCCUAAAGGCUGUGCUGAGACAGCUGUGAGAGUUCAUGUGUCCUACUUAGACGGCAAAGGGAACCUGGCCCCGCAAGGAUCAGUGCCCAGCGCUGUGUCUUCGCUGACUGAUGACCUGCUCAAGUACUACCAGCAGGUGACCCGGGCUGUGCUGGGGGACGAUCCACAGCUGAUGAAGAUUGCUCUCCAGGACCUGCAGACUAACUCCAAGAUCGCAGCGCUCCUGCCUUACUUUGUCUACGUGGUCAGCGGGGUGAAGUCCGUCAGCCACGACCUGGAGCAGCUGCAUCGGCUCUUGCAAGUGGCCCGGAGCCUGGUUCGGAACCCACACCUGUGUCUGGGGCCCUAUGUUCGCUCCCUGGUGGGCAGCGUCCUCUACUGCGUUCUGGAGCCCCUGGCUGCCUCCAUCAACCCUCUGAACGACCACUGGACUCUUCGGGAUGGCGCUGCCCUCCUGCUCAGCCACAUCUUCUGGACCCAUGGGGACCUCGUGAGCGGCCUUUAUCAGCAGAUCCUGCUCUCCCUGCAGAAGGUCUUGGCUGACCCCGUGCGGCCUCUGUGCUCUCACUACGGGGCUGUGGUGGGGCUGCAUGCCCUUGGCUGGAAGGCAGUGGAACGAGUCCUGUACCCACACCUGUCCACUUACUGGACAAAUCUGCAGGCCGUGCUGGAUGAUUAUUCCGUCUCUAACGCCCAGGUUAAAGCAGAUGGGCACAAGGUUUAUGGAGCCAUUCUGGUGGCCGUAGAGCGACUGCUGAAGAUGAAGGCCCAGGCGGCAGAGCCCAACAAGGGGAAGGGGGGCCCAAGUGGCAGGGGGUGCCGGCGCUCCGACGACCUGCCCUGGGACAGCCUUCUUCUGCAGGAGUCUCCCUCCGGGGGCAGCGCGGAGCCAGGCUUUGGGUCGGUCCUCCCGCUGCCGCCAGGAGGCGCGGGGCCGGAGGACCCUUCGCCAUCGGUGACCCUAGCGGACAUCUACCGGGAGCUGUACGCCUUCUUCGGGGACAGCUUGGCCACCCGCUUUGGCACGGGUCAGCCCGCGCCCACCACUCCGCGGCCGCCCGGGGACAAGAAGGAGCCGGCGGCCGCCCCAGACUCGGUGCGGAAGAUGCCGCAGCUGACGGCCAACGCCAUGGUCAGCCCGCAGGGCGACGAGAGCCCCCGCGGCGGCGGCCCUGCGUCGGCCUCUGCGCCCGCCGCCUCCGAAAGCCGGCCGCUGCGCGUGCACCGGGCGCGGGGGGCGCCCCGGCAGCAGGGACCCGGCGCCGGUACCCGCGACGUCUUCCUGAAGAGCCGCUUCGCCCCGCGCGGCGCCCCCCACUUCCGCUUCAUUAUUGCCGGGCGGCAGGCCGGGAGGCGGUGCCGCGGGCGCCUCUUCCAGACCGCCUUCCCCGCGCCGUACGGGCCCAGCCCGGCCUCCCGCUACGUGCAGAAGCUGCCCAUGAUCGGCCGCACCGGCCGCCCUGCCCGCCGCUGGGCGCUCUCGGACUACUCGCUGUACCUGCCGCUGUGAAGCGUUGCGCCCCCCACCCCCCGCCUCUGUAAAUAAAGC